UCCAUACAUCUUUCGAAAAGAAAAACCCCAUUUUGAUCGAAGUGUUAAAGUUGAGAUAGAGAAAAUGGGUUUUGCGGCGACGGUGACGGCGACGGUGUUGGUGGUGGUGACGAUGAUGACGAUGAUGCCAGAGAUGGCACUGGGGGCAGUUUAUAAGGUUGGAGACGCCGCCGGUUGGACAAUCAUCGGAGGUGUGGACUACAAGCAAUGGGCUGCUACUAAGACUUUCCAGCUCGGCGAUGUCAUCGUAUUUGAGUACAAUUCCAAAUUCCACAACGUAAUGAGAGUGUCGCAUGAGAUGUACAAAUCAUGCAAUGUAUCACGUCCAAUUGAGACUCACACUUCCGGCAACGACUCCAUAACCAUUCAAACAAGAGGCCAUCAUUUUUUCCUCUGCGGCGUCCCCGGCCACUGCCAAGCUGGCCAGAAGGUCGAUAUCAAUGUCCAACGCCUCACUUCCACCGCUGCUGCCCCCGAGCCUUCUGCCUUGGCCUCCCCUUCUGUCCCUAUUGCCCACACCCCCACUGCACCAGCCCCGAAAGCUGCUGCUUCGCGCGUCAGUGCUGGCUUUGAGCUGUUGUUUUUGGCUUUGUCUGUUUUGGUGAUUGGGGCUGUUGCUUAACCCAAGGUUUUGUUUGGGUUUUCUUAUUGGGUAAGAGAGACAAUUCUACAUUUCAAAGCUUUCUUUUUUGGUAGCAGAUUUUUGUAUUUUGUAGUGUCAGAUUGUUAUUGUUGUCUUUGUUUUAUAUAUACAUAUGUUUUUUGUUAUUUUGAAUAAUUGUAGUUUGGAAAUAAUGAAAUUGGUGUUUUCAUCUUGGGAGGAGACUAUGGUUAAUUGGUUAGUUUGUGAAUGCUUUGUGUUUACUGAUAAUGGAA